AUGAAUUGUCCCUCUCGAACCGAUGAUGACGUGCUCCUUAACCCAACCUGGAAUCAAAGCCCACCGCGGUUUGCAGCCGACCUUACGACAUGCCAGGAUCUAAAUGGAAUCGCAAAUGCUAGGGAGCUUGGUGAUGCGGAUCGACUGCGCAGCGGCACGCAAAAUCCCAGAAGAUACGCCCUAGUCGAGAAUCAAUUCCAAGAGAAGGAAAAGCAACGAACUGCGCUUGGGAAGGGUGUCGAAGGUCCCCCAAAAGGACCUUGCACCCGAACAACCGUGAUCGUGAGUAGUGAGAAUGAGCACCGAGCUGGCGCCAGCACAGCUGGUCGAAAGCUGUCGCAAACGAUAUUCAAGAGCUGGGGCUGGUGGAUCAUUUCCGUCCUGUGCACGUCUACCUUCAUUUCUUACAUCAACAAUAGUAGAGCAUCAAAUGUUGCAGUUGCUAAGCCUGUGUUUCAACCUACCAGCAGCCCCUCUGUGAGUCACCGCUACUCCAAAAGAGACGGAUGUGCAAUUGGAGGCGCACAGCCUGACUACAACUUACCCUUCCAUGUUGGAGGCCUUUUCAUCAUCCUUUUCGUUUCCUCAACCGCUUGCGCUUUCCCAAUCUUGGUGAUCAAGUUCCCUCGUCUGCGCAUACCUGCCUCUUUCCUCUUCAGUGCCAAGCAUUUUGGAACUGGCGUUCUGAUCGCGACAGCUUUUGUUCACCUGUUGCCUACAGCAUUUUUGUCACUUAGCGAUCCAUGUUUAUCAUCCUUCUGGACAGAAGAUUAUCAAGCAGCGCCCGGUGCGAUCAUGUUGGCUAGCAUCUUCUUCGUGACAAUCAUCGAGAUGAUCUUUUCCCCGGGCCGGCAUUGUUGUGGCGGCAAUGAGGGAGUAGAGGGAGUCUCUCGUGAUACUAUACAAGAGAAGGAGAACGAGGUGCGCACAGCUCCAGAGCUUCAAGCCCAGAUGAGAAGAACCUACUCCGACGGCAGUAUGCAAGUUCGCUCAAUGGGCAAUCUGAGAGGCAGGGUGACCAGCAUCAGCCGUACCCUGACUCAGUACCGCACGGAAAACCAGAGACUCGAUGUCGUUGAUUUUGCUGAAGAUGAAAUCCCGGCUGAGAAUCGCGAGAAUGAUAGCGCUGAAAGCGCGAUUCAAGACCCCGAAAGGUGUCAACAGGAUUUCGAGAUGUCGCCUGAGCAAGCCCACAAAAAGGCCGUAUUACAGUGCUUCCUUCUAGAAAUGGGUAUACUGUUUCACAGCAUCUUCAUUGGCAUGUCUCUCGCUGUGGCAAUUGGCAACGACUUUGUCGUCUUGCUCAUCGCUAUUAUCUUCCACCAAACGUUCGAAGGUCUCGCCCUCGGCGUUCGUAUCGCCGCUAUUUCAUGGCCAGCACGAUCUCCCCAACCUUGGCUCAUGGCCGUAGCAUACGGCUGCACAACGCCUCUCGGACAGGCUAUCGGCAUCGCAACACAUACGCUCUACAGUCCGGACUCUGAGAUCGGACUCCUCAUUGUUGGUAUUAUGAACGCUAUAUCCGCUGGAUUCCUCGUAUUUGCUUCGCUUGUGGAACUUAUGUCUGAGGACUUUUUAAGCGACGAGAGCUGGCAGGUGCUGAGGGGGAAGAAAAGAGUUGCGGCGUGUCUACUCGUAUUCUGUGGUGCGUUCCUGAUGAGUCUUGUGGGGGCCUGGGCCUAG